UGCAGCACUCUCCCAAAAUGACACUCAUUUUGUCACAUCUCAUACCAAAAAUGUUCCAAUUUCUUUUGUACUUCUUGUGCUUUCUACCACUUUCUAAGCCUUUCACCGUCAUAAUGUCAGACUCCGACGUACCGUCGGUCCUUGUUGACGGGCCUCAAACGGGGUUCUCAAUGAACACAAACGGGGCCCGAACCGACCCUGCUGAGCAAGAAGCGGUCUACGAUAUCAUGCGAGCAACAGGAAACGACUGGGCCACCGACAUCCCCGAUGUCUGCCGCGGCCGAUGGCACGGCAUCGAGUGCAUGCCGGACAAGGACAACGUAUUCCAUAUAGUCUCGCUCUCAUUCGGAGCACUAUCCGAUGACACCGCAUUCCCGACAUGCGACCCGACCCGGUCAUACAUCUCACCUUCCAUCACAAAGCUUCCGCACCUUAGGACACUCUUUUUCUACCGCUGUUUGACCCACAACCCUCAGCCAAUCACCUCGUUCUUGGGCCGGUUGGGCCCAUCUUUACAAACCUUGGUGCUAAGAGAAAACGGCCACGUGGGUCAUGUCCCAACCGAAUUGGGUAACCUUACUCGACUGCGGGUUCUCGAUCUCCACAACAACAAUCUCAACGGUUCAAUUCCGGUUUCAUUGAACCGGAUCACCGGUCUAUGGUCGUUAGACUUAAGCGGCAAUAGACUAACCGGUUCAAUACCCGGUUUAAGCUCCCCUGUUUUGAGCAUAAUCAAUCUAAGCCAAAAUCUUUUGACGGGCUCGAUUCCACCGAGCAUUUCAACCUGCAGUUCCCUUAUCAAGAUCGAUUUAAGCCGCAAUCAACUGACCGGUUCAAUACACGAUUCGAUCAACGGCUUGAAAGAUCUCACCCUCGUGGAUUUGAGCUACAAUCGCCUCUCGGGCCCACUUCCGGGCUCGCUGAGAAGCUUAACUUCCCUCCAAGCUCUGAUUCUCAAAGGUAACCCAAUGGGAUCCCACACAAUUCCAAGCAACGCGUUCGAAAAUAUGAGAAGUUUGAUGAUCUUAGUUCUCUCAAACAUGAACUUGCACGGUCCUAUUCCAUCCUCACUCGGCAAUAUACCGAACCUUCGCGUUCUUCAUCUCGACGGGAACCGCCUCAACGGUUCUGUCCCUGCGAGCUUCCGAGAGCUGAAAAAUCUGAGCGAGCUGAGACUAAACGACAAUUCUUUAACCGGGCAAGUUCCGUUCGGGAGAGAAAUGGUUUGGAGGAUGAGGAGAAAGCUUAGGCUUUACAACAAUUCGGGUCUUUGUUUUGGUGCCAAUAGUGGUUUGGAAGACUAUUUGGAUUCUUCGUUUAGUUCGGGUAUUGGUUUGUGUGACAUGCCUAAACCUGCUUCAGCUAGGACAGUACAACAUGUUUUUGUCGCCAAGACAGAUAUGACAGGCUCCGAAAAAGUUUCAACUAAUUCAGUUCAUAAUUUCUCUGUUUCUGUUAAUCUGUUGCUUCUGAUUUUCUCGACCAUCAUUCUAGUUUCGUUGUGAAAGGAGUUUAACAACUUCUGUAUAGUGUAAACUUUGUAAUGGGUUGGAUAUCUUUAGACGUCUUAUAAAUUAGUGGAGUGUUUUGGGUAGGAAGAGAUUCUUACUUUGG